GUCCACCGUCAUGCGCUUUAAUAUUGUAAAUAAUAUUAAAAUGCUUUUCUUGCUACAACAGUUACAAAUUAUGGUAAGUUGACAUGUGUUGGCAUUUCUAGUUCUAGACUAGACUAUGGUGAAAUGAAUGAACAGUGAAGGAGCUUGUAAAGUUAGUAAAGCUAUGGCGAAGUGCUGAAUAUAGAAAGCUGAUGAACUGAUCUGUGGAAAACGAAGAGAAAUUGAGGAAAUAAUGAAUGAACAUAAUCUGUUGGACUGAAAUUUUGAAGUAUUUAUGGCUAGGGUUAAGAACUAUUGUUACACUUCGAAACCGGCUAUUUGGAUCUGGUUAAUCUCUGCACUUACCUUUUAUGUUCUCUUCCUUAUGGCUACUCGCAAUUCUCCAGAAUGGUCUAUCUCAAAUGCGGAGCAGAGGUCUAGAUUGUAUGAAAAGAUGGAGAAAGACUUGGAGGAUCAAGGAGCUGUUUUCCUCAAACAGGGAGAAACUACUCAAUCACUUUCCCUGUCAGAUCUGUUUAUUCUCAAAGAAGGAGUAGUCACUCCUGUACUCAAGGCUGCAAACCCCCCUGUGCGAGCAAAUGUUUUGUAUCUCAACCCAGAGUAUUCUGUCCCUAUUGCGGAAGCUGUGAGAUCUAUAUUCUCGCCACAUUUUGAUAAAGCAAUUUGGUUUCAGAACUCUAGUUUAUAUCACUUUAGCAUGUUCCACGCUUCCCAUCACAUUACAGCUGUUCCUGCCUCUGAAUCAGAGAUUGAAGCUGAAGCAAAUGCUGUUAGAGUUGUUUCUGAGUCAAUCUGCCCGCUAAAAAUUGCCCUAGACAGAGUGGUUCUGACAUCAACUGGGGUGUUAGUAGGUUGUUGGCAGGUGGACUCUGGAAGUGAUCCAGUAACUAUCAGACAAAAAUUGAGAAAUGCUCUCCCACAUGCGCCUGUGAAGCAACUUUAUGAUGCUGUAAUGCUUCAUACAUCAUUUGCCAGGCUUCUUGGACACCCUGGCAGUUGGCCUGAGGAAGCAAAUAAGGUUUCAGAACUCCAAUAUCUCCAUGACCUCGUGAAUAGAUUAAACAACAAAAUCCGUGGCACUAAGGCAACUGUUGGUGAGCUUUGGUAUGUUGAGGAAUAUGACAUAUUAGCGCUUGCGUUGAAUGGGAGAAUGAAAGUUCGCAAGUUCCAGCUUGGCUGUUCAAAAGUGUGAAUCAAUCUAUGAGAAUAGACGAUUGAACCUCUCACUGGUCCCUGUAUGGCAAAGACGUUCACCUAUGGAUGGGAUCAUACGAAUUCUGAUGUACAGCUAUAUUCGCUUCCAAUAUGUAUAAAGGAGCACUAAAAGUUGGAUAUUACACUGUAUUGUUUGCUAUUUGAACAUUUCUGCACGAUACUUGAAAUUUAUAAAUAAAAGUUCGUUAAAAUUA